AUGGAUCGCCAUCUUCAACAACAACAUCAUCGUCGCAGGAUCAAACCCUUCGAACUACCCUCCCAAGAGUAUGAAGAGUUCGACCCAUCAGCAGUCUUGGCGUUGGCUUGCGCAGGCGUCUCCAUGGUCCUCCAACAACACAUCUUGGCCUGGCUGUCCUUAUUUUUCUCCGUCACUUCGAUCGUCAAUAACACUAACCGAACCGGACGACCAAGCUCAAUGAGCCCAUUGCAAGGAUUAAUGUUUUCUGUCUUGGCUUUAACAACACUAUACACAAAAAGAUUGAUUGAUCCGACCUUAGUGUGA